AUGCCCUAUUUGAUAGCAGGUUUGGCUGAAUUCAUGCCAUAUCUCAAGGACAUUUACAAGUCAAACAACUUUCCUUGUUAUGAAGUCCCUUAUAAUACACUGUGUAGUAUAAUAGUAAAGACAGUCCCAUUGAGUCUAAAAAAAAAUGAUCCCAUGAUCAAAGAACAAUUUUUAAUAAACACAGAAAAAUAUAAAGCCACCUAUACCUUUAUAUUCACUGAUGCAUCGAAGAAAGAUCUUACAACAGGGUUUGGAAUCAGUAUACCAGAUAUCAACAUCAAAUACAGCUCAAAGUUACCAAAUCACCUCUCCAUAUGUAAGACGGAGAUUAUAGGAAUCUAUGAGGCAAUUAAAUUAACACUUAGAAAAAACUUAUUCAGAAUAAUCAUUUUUUCGGAUUCCAGCAGUGCAAUUGAAAAAAUCAGCAGUUAUUCAGUCAAAAAUAUAUCAGAGUAUUGGCAUAUUGAAACAGAAAGACUUAGAGAUCAUGCAACUGAAAAUGGCUUUGACAUCCGAUUAGCAUGGAUACCAGGACAUUCAAAUAUCCCGGGUAACGAAGAAGCUGACACCCUAGCUAAUAUAGGAAGAAAUUUGAACAUACCAAUGGUCAUGCCCCUCGAUGUCCAAGACAUUUAA